ACAGGCAAUAAGAGCAGUGAGCAGACAUCUGAUUGUUCCAGCAAAUAACAGUAUUCUCCGUACCCCUGAUCCAUGCUCUGUGGGGUCUUCUCCAGAGUCCAGAGGCAAUGUGUCCGACUCUCCGCAUGCUAUAAUGAUGCCAACUUGCCAAGAUGACCACGGACUUACCGUCGCGCAGGAAGAACAGGCUGCUGGCCAUCUCUCCGGUGCUGGAACAUCCUCGCAACACCGAUAUAAGGACCAAGUAGCCGUUGCUGCCGGGUAUUUGGUGAAAGUGGCCUCCGGAAGAAUUUUGAAUUGAAACUACGAACAAGCAGAAAGCGAUCCCCCACACCCGCAGCAGCAGCAGCCACCCCGUCUUCAUCUACCUCUUAGUCCUGUGUAAGUGUCCCCUCUCGUCUAUAAAGUCUGCACAGGAGCCCAUCUUCCUGUUUCUCCAUCCCCACACAUCCUCCCUUUUAACCUCCGCAUACUCCUCCAACAAUGUACCGCAGCACGAUGGACAAAGAGGCCUUCAUCGGGUCAAUCGACCAAGGCACCACCUCCACCCGCUUCCUCAUCUUCAAUGUCCAAGGCGGCAUCGAAGCAUCGCACCAGAUGGAGCACAAGCAAAUCUACCCACACCCAUCGUGGGUCGAGCAUGACCCAAAGGAGAUCCUCGACAACAUCAUGACCUGCAUCGAGCGUGGUGUCUCGCAAUUUGUGCAAAAAGGCUACCGCGCCUCACAAAUCAAAGCAAUCGGUCUCACCAACCAGCGCGAGACAACCGUUGUUUGGGAUAAAUCCACCGGCAAGCACUUGACCAAUGCCAUUGUCUGGUCAGAUGCACGAACAACAAAGACAGUUGAGAAACUCAAUAAACGCAAAGGCGCCGAUCAAGUACACGCCAAAUGUGGUCUGCCACUCUCCACCUACUUUGCUGCCGUCAAGCUUACUUGGAUGCUUGAGCACUUGCCUGUUGUUCGCGAAUGCCGUGAAGCUGGCAACUUGUGCUUUGGCACCAUUGAUUCCUGGGUCCUGUACAAUCUUACGGGUGGUAUCAACGGCGGUCUACACAUUACCGAUGCCUCCAACGCUUCUCGCACCAUGUUGUGUAACAUCAAGACACUCAAUUAUGAUGAAUCACUCGUCAAGGACUUUUGGCAGUUUGAGGGCAUCCACUUGCCGGAGGUUGUCUCGUCGUCUGAGAUUUAUGGUGAGAUUCCAGCAGGUCCACUCAAGGGCAUUCCAGUGGCCGGUAUCCUCGGUGAUCAAUCUGCAGCACUGGUGGGUCAGCUAUGUUUCGAGGAAGGUACAGCGAAAUCUACCUACGGCACAGGCUCGUUCCUUCUCAUGAACACAGGCGAAGAACCCGUCAUUUCGAAGAAUGGCCUUUUGACAACCGUCGGCUACCAAUUUGGUCGUGAUGCGAAACCAGUGUACGCACUCGAAGGAUCCAUUGCAGUUGCAGGCAGUGCCAUCAAAUGGACACGCGAUCAGCUCGGUUUGAUUAGCGAUGCUGCCGAGAUUGGUGAGUUGGCAUCACAAGUGAAAGAUACCGGUGGUGUUGUCUUUGUUACUGCCUUUUCAGGUCUCUUUGCACCGUACUGGAGAGACGAUGCUCGUGGUACAAUUUUGGGAUUGACGGCGUAUUCUACAAAGCAGCAUAUCGCUCGUGCAACAAUCGAAGCGACUUGCUUCCAGACAAAAGCUAUUCUGGAUGCCAUGUCUCAGGAUUCCGGUAAAGCACUUGCUGCAUUGCGCGUGGAUGGCGGUAUGACCAACUCGGAUGUGAUUAUGCAGAUUCAAGCAGACAUCAUUGGUAUCUCUGUUGAACGCCCACAGAUGCGUGAAUCAACGGCAUUGGGUUCGGCCAUUGCUGCAGGUCUUGCUGUGGGUAUCUACAAAUCCAUUGAUGAACUCAAGAAUGUCAACCAACUUGGUAUGACUGAAUUUGUACCAAAGAAUGAUGAGAAGGAUAGGGCAAAGCGAUACAAGCUCUGGAACAAAGCUGUUGAGCGUGCUGUUGGUUGGCUCAAUGAUGAUGACGAGGAGGAGGAAGAAGAGAGGCAAAAGUGACUCACCGGCAAGACUCGCUUGUGAAGUUGUGAUGUAGAUGGCGGGCUAUCAGAAAGGUUUCGCAUAAGUCUAUCGCAUUGACAUAUGGCCAUGGUUGCCAGAUCAAUAAGCAAAUACAUGCAAUAAAUUUAUGACUGCUUAUUUACACCUU